AUGGUACUCCCCUUUAACGUGGACGUGGACAUCAUGUGCGACAAGAUAUAUCGCCGGCUUAAUGCUCUAAUCCAGCCCUACUACGAAGCCGCACUCACGGCGAUUCCGGGCUAUCCGGACCUCAAACCGGUAGAAACGGCGGAAGUAGAGUGGUCGUUUUGCGGCCAGCGCCAGACGCAUCGCACGACGUUCCAUAUAGUCCGCGAUCUCGAUAUUCGGCAGUGGCGAAGAGAUUGCACGCCUCAGAAGUACGGUAAUCAGGAAUUUCGUUGA